GGAAGGUUCAGCGGGCUAGAGAGAUCCAAAGUCAAACUAAGCUGCUACCAUUACAUUGGCAUCCACCACCUCUCUCUCUCUCUCUCUCUCUCUCUCGUUCUCUCUGCAAGUCAAGGCCAUGUUUUCAAGCAGUCAAACACUUCCGAGCAGAAUCCACAAUAGCACAAUAAGAUCAUCUGGAUCAUCUCAUCUUUAUUAAUGAGAGAUUUAGAUGGAAGAAAGGCGAGACAAGAGGCAACGGCAAUACCUGCAAAUAGAAAAAAGCAGCGAUGAGACUCAUCCCUUCAACCCUUACUCUGCUUAUUCCGACCGCUUCAACAUUGAUGGCCGCUUGAAGCGAUCAGGCAUUGUUUGGACUGCGACUUCGCACAUAAUCACAGCUGUGAUAGGGUCAGGGGUUCUAUCAUUGGCAUGGGCGGUGGCGCAGCUUGGAUGGGUGGCUGGCCCCAUUGCGAUGGUGUUUUUCGCCUUAAUCACCUUCUACACUUCCGACCUACUCUCUCAAUGCUGCUGGUCCGGUGACCCAACCGCUAGAACCAGAAACCACACCUACAUGGAUGCUGUCAAAUCUAACUUAGGGGGACGAAAAGAGAUGCUUUGUGGAACAAUCCAAUAUUUGAGUUUGUUUGGUGUUGCAAUAGGCUACACAAUUGCAGCUUCAACAAGUAUGAUGGCAAUCAAAAAAACUAGUUGUAUUCACAAGAGUAGAGGCAAAGAUCCAUGUAAAAUGUCAAGCAAUCUGUAUAUGAUCGGAUUUGGAAUCAUUGAAGUGAUCCUUUCUCAGAUCCCAGAUUUUAAUCAACUAUGGUGGCUAUCCAUAGUUGCAGCAAUCAUGUCUUUCACCUACUCUGUAAUUGGCCUUGGUCUUGGCAUUACUAAGACAGUAGAGAAUGGUAGCUUUAAAGGAAGCUUGAUGGGAGUUAGCAUAGGGGAAGCAAGCAUAGAAGGUGUAACCCUAAUGCAGAAAAUUUGGAGAAUUAUGGAAGCUCUUGGAGCUAUUGCCUUUGCUUAUUCUUACUCUGUCAUUCUCCUUGAGAUUCAGGAUACAUUAAAAUGUCCUCCAGAAGAGUAUAAAACCAUGAGAAAAGCUACCUCAAUCAGUAUCACUGUAACUACAGUGUUCUACAUGCUAUGUGGAUGCAUGGGCUAUGCUGCAUUUGGAGACAAGGCACCAGGAAAUCUUCUUACAGGCUUUGGAUACUUCAGUGCCUACUGGGUGCUUGACAUUGCUAAUGUUGCAAUUGUGGUGCAUUUGAUUGGAGCAUAUCAGGUAUAUUGCCAACCACUAUUUGCAUUUGUGGAGAAUUGGAGUAAAAACAAAUGGCGGAAUAGCGAUUUCAUUGGAAAGGAAUGUGAGUUACCCAUUCCUAUCUAUGGUUGCUAUGAACUCAACCUUUUCCGUCUAAUAUGGAGGACAGUCUUUGUUGUGGCAACUACAGCCAUAGCCAGUCUUCUACCAUUCUUCAAAGAUGUUGUGGGAAUACUUGGAGCACUUGGGUUCUGGCCACUGACUGUUUACUUCCCAGUUGAGAUGUUCAUUGUAGAAAAGAAGAUAGAAAGAUGGACAAGUGAAUGGCUUGGGCUUCAGAUACUGAGUCUUGCUUGCCUCUUGAUCACUAUAGUUGCUGCAUUUGGGUCUAUCGCUGGAGUUCUUAUCGACCUCAAAACUUAGUUUAAUUUCUGCAUUUCUAAGCAACGGUAAAUUAAGCAGGAAGUAUGUGGUUUUGAGUUCGACUCCUAUUACCUUCUAGAGGUCACUCACACGGGGUGUUUAGUGCUCUUAAAUGUCCCCCAAAUAGAUACCUUAAUUGAGCAAUUGCCUUUAUGGAUCUCUAGGCCUCAUCCUCAUAUCCUCCUCCCGUGUCAUUGAUGUUUCCCAAUUACCAUUUUCCGGCGAUCAUCUCGGUGAUGAUGUUUAAGCUCAGGUGGUUGAACCACUGCUCCAUCUUCACCUUCAGUACUGGAUUAUGGGUACCUCUAUUCUUGGUUCAAAGUGAGUACAAUUCUUUGAUGGAUAUGUUUAUAACAUUGGCUCUCUUACUUGCUUCAACUUGUCAAGGUGGGCUCUGGAGAGGAGCUUAAGAGUGGAUAUUUUGGGCUUCUCUUCGUCCCUUUGUUUUGUGACUGUUAAGUUUUCUCUCCAUAAAGAAUAGAGAAAGAAGAUUAAG